CAUCAUUCCUCACAUGUUUGCAGAAAACAGACUUGAUUAGCUUGAUGUUUACGAUUAUUGCUAGCCUUGUAAGGUUCACUCUGUGCAACUUUUAAUGCAUCUGCACCAACGGUGGAUAGCAUGAUCGUCUUAGACGAACUCCCUACAUGAUUGUAGUUUAGCACAUAUUGAAGACAAGUUAAACUCCUCCCAGUUUGUGUCAGCAUCCCCUGUUAGCAUGGCGAAGGAUGAGCCGGACGCUUCCCUUCGCGAGCUUCACCUGUACACACAUCCUGCCCUGCUUUAUGGAGUUAUAAGUAAUCGCCAGCCCAGGCUCUUGCGACGAGGUCUGAGCUAUGCUGCACGGACAGGCAAAGUGCGGGGUGCUCAGACGUCUGGGUCCGCGCUGCAUGUCCGACUGGGCGCAUUGGACCUCUCAGGACAUGACACACCCGCGGAGGUCACGGUGCUUGUGGCGCUUUGCGAGGCCGCCAGCACGGGUCAGGACUUCAAGCCGGUGCGCGCCGCUGCCAUCUCCCUCGCCUCCCUGAGCAGCUCCUCCUCGGGGGCCCUCCUCAGCCCGGGCUGCCUGACAGGGCUUCAGCACCAGAACCAGCAGAACCAGUACACCCAACACGAGCAGCCGCAAGCCUGGCAGCAGCAGCAGCCGCAUGCUACCGGUUCGCCUGCUGCCGAGGAGGGACUGUCAUCUGGCGGGCUGACGGGGAGUGUGGUACUGCCGCUGCCCGCCCGGCGGCUCACUCGACCCACCCUGCUGCUGCUGGUGUCAGACUGCCACCCCGACCUGACUGCCCUCGUACCGCCCUCGGGGGGCGCCCGGCUGCUGAGAACGGAUCUACAUCCCGGCAGUCCCCUACUGGGUCUGCUGCCCGACCCGGGGCCCGUGUGGGCGGCGGUGCACCCCCUGGGGGAGCUGCUUCCGGCGGGCACCAGCGGGGGUGGAGGUGGCGGCCAAGGAGCAACCUGCACUCCCACUCCUGCUCAGCAGCAGCAGCAGCACCAGAGGUUGCAGCUGCGGUUGGGACGGCUGGCACUGUCCAGGUGCAGUGUGAACGCGGCAGGCGGCCGGACGCUGGUGGCCAUGUUGCUCAACCUGAGCCUGGGGCCCGGCAGCGGGAAGCCGGACGCGGGUUUGCGGUUGCAAACUGGGGGAGGAGCAGGUGUGGGGACAGAUGCGGUGGCAGCGUCAGCAGCGGAGGAUGGAGUCGAGUGUCCAGGAGUGGGGGGUCCCGCAGCAACAGAGGCGGCAGCAAGCAGACAGGGCUCAAAAGGAGGCGGGGCCAAGGCGGGCCGUGGUCACGGCAGUGGUGGUAACGCGGCGCAUGGUGCGGAUGCCAGUGACGGGGCUGUUGCGGCAGCGGAAGUCGCAAAGGCGGACCCCAACGCGCUGCUGAUGUCGCGACCCGCGGUUCAGUUCAUCCAACUGGAGUCGCUAGCGGUGGCCAUGGCGUUGGAGGUCAAGGAUUGCGCUGCUGCGGCGGCGGUUGCUGCUGUUUCCGUACAGAGGCGACUGUACGGCACGGUUGCCGGGGCAGACCUGCAGCAGCACCAGCACCACCAGCACCAAGAGGAGAGAGGUGUUGUGGAGUUCCGAUACAUGCUGGACAGCGGGUGCGCGAAGCAACGGGGUCACCAGGCUGCUGCGAGGCAAGGGGAGGUGAAGGAGCGGCGGCGGGGCGGACGGCAGCCCGGUGGCGGCAGCAGCUCCGCAAUGGCAGCAGCAGCAGGCGGAGCUGGAGCUGCUAGGAUGCCGGCGCCCCCUAUCGCCGUCGCUGCAGCGGCAGCAGCCGGGCUGGGAGCGGCGCUUGCGGGGAGGAGAGGGUGCGGCGGACGUGCCGCUUGGAUGCAGCAGCAGAUAAGCAAGGCGCUGCAGGCGGCAGAGGCUGCUGCUGCUGACGCGGACAAGGAGUGCUGCUUUGUGGAGGAGACGCGGGCCCUGCCGGGCGGGCUGUUCAGCUGCCCCAUGUGUCCGGCGGCCUGCAGGGGAGUCCAGGGCCUCCGGCAGCACCUGACCGCCAGCCACGGCCUCUACAGCUACACCUUCCUGACGGACCCGCGGGUCGGCGGAACAGACGCAGCAGUCCCAGUGGGCCGCCACCUCCCUCACGCGGAGCCGGUAGCUGAGCAGGCGCUGCUGCCCCGGCAUGUGUUGGAGGUGCGGCUGCCCGGCAGCUCGGUGGCCCCCUCGGGUUGCGACCUGCUGCUGCGCCCCAGCGAGGACGUGGUGCUGCUGCCGCCGGCGCGCAGGGGGGCGCCACCCACCCUCAUGGCGCGGUCCUGGGUGUUCAGCCGCACCGCCGGCCUGACCCGCUGCGUCUUCACGGACGAACUGGCCUCUGGGGAGGCCUCUGAC